AUUAAAUAUUCAAAUAUUGAGAAAUUUAAUAAGUUAGUUAAGGAUUCGGCUGUGUAUGUAAUUGGAGGUAAUCAAGACAAGUUUGUGUAUAAUUUUACGGACGUAAUUUUACCUGAGAAGGUCCUCAAUACAUUGAAACUGGAACCGAAAUUUGGAAUUCCGUUAAGGAAUAGUGUGUCGGCGGUGCCUACGAUCAUUAAAGACAUUGAGUUCUGCAUUCAGAUUGCAGAUGUGCUAGGUGAGACUAUUAAAAUAGUAGAAGAGAAUAGGAAUAAGAUCAGAUCGGAAGUAGUUAAUGUGUUGAUGAAUUUCCUGAAAAAGAAAGAACCCAGGGAGUACGAUGAUGUUCGUAAGAAUAUUAUGAAGACCAGAAGAUUUCUACGUGAGCAUGAUGAACUGAUAGUCACAAGGUCGGAUAAAGGAGGUUCCACUGUUGUAAUGUCUAAAGAGGAGUAUAUAAACGGUAUGAAUAAUAUGCUGAGUGAUACAAACACAUAUGAGAAGUUAACGAAAGAUCCAACAAGUAAGUUUCAGUCAAAUGACAUUGUGAAGGAAUUAUUAGCUGAAAAGGAAAUUGAUGAAGCAGAUGCGAAAUAUUUAAAGACCCAUAACGCGAUUGCGUCGAAGAUAUAUGAUCUCCGGAAAACGCCUAAGGUGGGUUUCGCAUUACGACCUGUUGUAAGUUGUGUUGGAACACCCAGCUACAAAUUAGCUAGUUUCGUGCACCGGAUACUUGCAGCAUGGACUGAUGAAAGUUUUACUGAUGAAAAUUUGAUGAGGGUCAGAGGACUUUUGAGGAAUAACAACUACCUGGUGGGUUUUGUAAACAAAGUAAUUGCUUUGUUUCUCAGGAAGCGAGAUGUCAGGAUUGAGAAUGUGGAUAUAAAUGUCAAGAAGUCGUAUAAAUUUCCGUUCAUCAAAGGAUUAUCAUUUAAAAUCGAUCAUUGCUUGAAGGAUGCUAAUGCCAAACUUGUCUUAUACAAUUUGUAUACAAUAUACGUGCAUAAUACAAUUAAUUAUAGAACAGACACUCAGAAAUUGAGUACUCGCUUGAUUUGUAAUGAA